AUGCCUCCAACUCUAGCCAGUAUCAGAGAGGCUAGCUCUCGUGGAAGGAAGCGGCAAAAUGCAGACACGAAUGGUGAACAGCCACGGAGGGGAAAUUCAAGUCAAAGAGGUAACUCAAGAGGACGCGCCAGUGGGGGCAGGGGAAGAAGUAGAGCACGUGGUGGCGGACGUGGACGAGGCCGUGGAAACAGUAACCACCACAACAAUGUCGAUUUUCGACCAACGAAGAGACCUAGACUCGAAGUGGACGAUGAGGAGUUCUCGGAAGACGAUUCGCCAUUAUGGAAUCACGCAGAUGAGAGGGACAACCACGGAGGCCCAUCACAUUCCGUCGACGAGAUGUUCCAGGUAUCACAACGACACGUCCAGGAAGACGACGUCUUGGAGCAGUGGUACAAAGAUCCCUUCGAGCGAUUCGAACCUGAAGGACCGGCUUACGACCAGUUGCGACAGCAGAAUAUCUAUAGAGGUCUCCGAAGUCAAGGUUAUCAGGACGAAGAAGAGCGUAAGGACGAAAGACUAGCCCAGCUCAAGAUGUCCAGUUCGACAACAACGAAGCAGGGCCGGACGCCAUCACUUACAGCUUCGGUCCACGAACCAGUAGCUGAUACUCACAUGUCGGAAGAAGAGAACUUUUCUGAAAAUGAAGCCGAAGACAGAGACAUGGUUGAAGAUGAUUAUAUCUCUUCUUUGCUCAAGGAAGCCGAACAUAUUCCGCAACUGUUUGCAAGGGACGAGUCCACGGAGCAGAAUGCGGAUGCGGAACAGAGAGACGACUGGACUGCCGAAGUUGUAUCCGACUGGAAGAGUCUGUCAUACGCACAACGAAUUCAGGUUCUCAAGCACAGAUUGAGAAUUUUUGACAUGGUCUAUGGCACGCAUGGACUGAAAGACAGGGCAGAGAUCUAUGACAUCAACUACUCGUCCUGCCAAACAGUACUUCCAAGGAGCGAAUUUAAGCGAUUGAAAACCACAGAUCUUUACUACGAAACUAACAAGGAACACCAAUAUCGCCGCUACAGGACCCAGGGUCACCGCCUGUCGCAGGAAAUAACCCUUGCACCAGGAUCACUUGCUCUUGAGAACCACCUCAUCACCCUUGAAGCGCUAGAGGCAGACGGUAGUGAUCGAGAGGAUCAUGAUGAUGAGAGUAACGAUGAUAAUCACAACGAUGAACGCCUCGACGGAGCUCUUGCCGAUGAGGCUGAGGAGGAGGAUAAAGGGUUCGAGGAUGUCGACUUCGAUGAAGAUUCGGAAGAAGAAAUCGACGGUUAUCAGCAACUCAACUCUCGUAAGGAUCGCGACGAUCCGAUCGACGAGCCCAAGGAGCUGGUCACAUUGGAGCACGAUCAGACCACUCCACAUGAUGUGAGCGUGCUCACGGAAGACCCUACAUUUGGUCUAUCCGGUGUUGGCAUCACCACAACCAGCCAAAAAGGCAUCCAAGUGUAUGACAGUCAACUCGCUAACUGCAGACGCUGCAUACUGAUCCUGGAGGCUGAGCUUACACGAAGAAAACGUCAAGCACGUCAGCUUAGUCAAGGCUACGAGCUCGAGGAAGAGCCGGAGCAGAUUGCUAGUAGCUUCACUGCGCUUGAGCCAAACGAAUUACUCCAGCAACUUGAAUAUUACAGAGACCAGGUCGCCACCAUCAACAAGCUGGAGGGUGACAUCAUCCGCAGCAAGCUGGAGGAGAACCACUUCGCGUGGGAGCUGCCUCAUACUGUCAGGGAUAAGAUGAUGCAUCAAUGGCCAGACCUGCGAGUGUACGUCGAGAUACCAAGGGACUCUAGAGCUGAUGCUGAACGCCCAUCAGAAUCAAGAAAAAGAAAGGAAUCUGUCAUAAACAGCGAAGCUCGUCCUCGUCUAGAAACACGUCCGCAAAAGAAGAGAGCCAGAGACGACUCGGAGGUCUAUGGGGACACGAGACAACAACGCCCUGCGUCCAAAAAGCAGAAGAUAACCAAUAUACGACAACUGGCAGAUCGCGAGCAGCAUUUGCCUGCAGAGCUUUCAGCGGGAGAUGACCAGGAUACGGUUGACCUUGGAAGCAACCAUGAUACGCAGGGAGCUAGACGGAAGAAAGCGAAAAGGCUCAGACAGCCACGAAAGUUCAAAGUUCUUCGGCAAGAUGAUGAUCAAGAUACUACGGAGAGCUCUCCUACCACAGUGAAAGGCAGGAGCAAGAAGAACAAGCUGAAGGCGAGGGUCUUCACGGAGGCAGAGGCUGCUAUGCAGCAAGCCAUGAUGGGCGAGAGGGAUCCCGAUGCAGGGCUAGGGGAUUACAGAAAGGAUGAGCAGGGGCUAUGGGUUAAAGACGCAUGA